ACAUGUUGACUUCACUGUUCUUCUUCGGAACUGUGUUGUGUUCUCUGACAGCUGCUUCACAGGCAUCCGAAUUUUUUCAUUAUGAGGGUGAAAUCGCCUACGAAAAUAAUUAUGGAACAAUAUCAGAGAUCUCAAUGUCAAGUAUUCGAUGUGCAGCAAAAUGUCUAGAUGACCUGUCCUGUAACGCUAUAGAACUGUGCUCUUCGCCCUCUGGACAGACAUGUAGACUCAGCAAAGGUUGGAAGAACACCGGCUGCACACUGUCGCAGUCCAGGUGUAAAAGAUUUCAAAUUGUCGACGAAUGUGGCGGAGAGGGAUACGUUGACAGAAGAAACGGUAGUUGUACCUAUGAACCUUGUCAGACGUGUGACUGUCUAUCUAGAUUCACACAGAUUUCUGGGGUUUAUAAUAUUGUUAUCGGCGGGGAUCUAAAAAGUGUUUACUGUUCGUUCGAGAGCAGCCAUACCUGGACAGUGGUUCAAAGGAGACAAGACGGUUCCGAAGACUUCUACAGAAACUGGUCAGAUUAUGAAUUUGGAUUUGGGUCACCUGCAUCUGAAGUUUGGCUUGGAAACAAGUACAUCCAUCGUCUGAACGCUGACUGCCACACAGUACUGAGGAUUGAGUUGGAGGACCAUGAUGGAAACAAGCGGUAUGCUGAGUACAGCAGUUUUACCGUGGCUGACGUCACAGACAAUUACAGGAUCCAGGUGUCUGGAUACUCUGGAGAUGCCGGUAAUACAUUAGAACAAACAUGCGGUAUCUGUAACAAUGGGAUGCCAUUUACCACGUUUGACAAGGACAAUGAUAAUUGGGACGGUGUGAACUGUGCUGUGUGGGCCAAAGGAGGAUGGUGGCAUAACCACUGUCAAAACACCUGCCUGAAUGGACUGUAUGGUGACGACAGGUACGGACAGGGCGUGAACUGGGAAGACUGGAAGACUCUAAGAUACUCACUGAAAUCCUCCGUCAUGAAAAUCAGAAAGCUGUAUUGACGAGCAAG